AUGCCAGCCCCGCCGGCAAGCUCUGAGCUCUCACGCAGCUCAAGUGCAGCACCUACCACGGAAGCGCCAUCAACUGCCAGCCAAACAGAGACGCCCACAGCAAAUGCCUUCUCAAGCACGGGUCCUCCUCUCCCUACAGCUAGUGAUGAUAGCCCGCAGUCUGACAUCAAGCUCUGGCUCGAUUGGGACGUCAAGCACACCAUCGUGGGCAACUAUGUACCUAUGGUCGUGGCAAGGGGUUUCGUGGUUCUGAUGAAUCCGUUCUAUAAUCAAAUGAUUACCUGGGAGCCAGUACGUCAGAUGCUUGGGGAUGGGGCUUCGGGGGCACUGUUGGCUGGAGCAUACUUUGGCGCAGCCCAUAUCGGACUUAUCACAGCCAAUCUGGGCUCUGUGUUUGUUGCUGCUGGAACAUAUGUUGAUACCGGGUAUUGUGAAACUGGACCGGGUACUUGCGAGCCAAAGGUGAACAUCAAGCCGUGGGCCUACAAUGUCGUAAUCACGGCGCUUGGGAUCCAGGUUCUUGUAGUUGCACAGGCUGCAGCAAAGUGGUUCCAGAGGCCUGGAAGGGUAUCAGCAGACCCCACCACUGUCGCCGGGGUGGUAGCAGUGACAGGACAUCCUGCGGUCGAAAGGAUGUUUGCCUCGUUUCCUUCAGACAUUACAGAGAAGCAGCUUCAAGAAGCUCUGAAGGACUACAAGUUCAGGUUGGGCACAUUUACUACGGAGGUUGGAACGACGAAGUAUGGCAUUAUGCCGGUGUCUCAGGAAGAGAUCGAAGCAUCGCGUCAGAAACAGGGGUUCUUCGCGAAGCUUGGUGUAUUCACUGCAUUUCUCUCAGAAAGGCUGGCGAUCCUGGGGAAGUUCAAGGUCAAUACACUAAUCGUCGAUAUCUUGUUUGGGGCUUACCUCCUUGGUCUCCUUGCACUCUGUGUGGUGGCUCUGGCCAAGAUUGACGAGCCGAAGUCGAUGUUUCCUGACAAUCCAAUCGCGAUGAGGAUCGUAUUUAGCAUUUUGGGCAUUAUAGUCACAAUGUAUUGGACAAAAGUGUUUGAAGACACUCAAGCGAUGUCACCAUUCUCGCUCCUGUCGUCAGGCCCAUCCUCUCCACACCGCACCAUUCUGCUCGCCCGCCAUACCAGUCCUAUUUGCUCUAUUAUUCCUUUCCUCCGCCGUGGCCACUUCCCUGCUGCAGCAGUUGCUUUUACAGCCCUAAUGGCUGAGAUCCUGAUUAUCUUCCUCGCCGCUCUACCCUACCGGCCUGAAGGGCAGCUGCGAACCGAGUAUCACGUCUGCGCAAUCGUGUCCGCAAUAAUCCUUACUUUCAUGAUCGCGCAGCUCGCCGGUAUCGCGAUCACAUGGCGCAAGACAACCUUGCCCCACAUGCCGAGGAAACCGAACACGAUCGCGGCGGUCUUGACAUACAUCUCGCAAACCAGGAUGGCCAGAAGGUUUGAUGUGUUGGAUGGGCUGUCAAGUAAGGAACGAGAUAGGACGAUUAAAGGAUGGGGACAGAAGUACAUGUAUGGUUGGCGCAGGGAGGAGGUGGUACAACCAGACGGGAGGAGAGGUUGGAGAGGUAGAUGGGUAGUGGAUGAAACCGAGGGUGAAGGAGAGGCUAAGGCAUUCCUAUCCGGACCCCAGAAGGACAGAACUGAUUGA